UUUGUAGAUUUGCAAUCUAUACGCCGCCUGCUGGAACAUGACACCAGUGGAAACGUUUGCCCCAGUUGUCGUAUUUCAUUCGAUAAAGGCAAACGACGGAAACUGAUCGACACUUGUGGCCAUGAACGCUGUUAUUCCUGCAUGUUUCGCAAUGAUCAGUGUCCAAUGUGCACGAAUGGUUCGCUUAAAGACGUUGACUGCAGUAAUGCUCAAGGCGGCUAUGACACCGGCAUUGGUGGUUCAACUUCAACAAUUGUAAGCCCUCUGGGAUCGCCACAACCGCAAUUACGAUCACAGGCCCAACGUACAAAUGCCGCCGCGCUCUCUAGAAACGCACAACAGCAAAACCGGCAAGAGUCUCUAUCACCGGAACAUCACCGUUAUGCCAGCAUUGGAAAAUUACCUAAGGCUGUUUCUAGCACUAAAGGAGCAACAACAUAUACUGUUGUUGCUGAUGUACAUAAUAGCAAUUAUAGCGAAAUCAAUGCAUCCUCAUUUGCCACACCACCGACACGACGUCGUUUCUUCAAUCAUAAAAAUCUACGAAAUGCUUUAACUGGACAUAGACGUGCCGCUUCAAAUGGCGGUUGUCCUAUUGACACUGCUACGAUAUUAUCAGGCGGUGAAAAUCUUAACAACGAUCGGAAUGCAACGUCAAUCGAUAAGCAAAACGAUCAAUUACGCACCCGUCUUGGUCUUCUACUCCUCGAUCAAGAUCAAAACGUUAACGGAAACACAAGAGCAAGCAGCAGUUCAUCACACAAUAUAAGUCCAGAGCAAACAUUACUACCGAAUGGUGGCAGCAACAUCUAUAAUAACGACAGCUUUGGCAGUCAACUAUCAGUUGUGACGAAAGACGAUGCACUAAGUUUAUCAGAUAAAUUUAAAGCCAAUUGUUCUCUAACUGACGGUAGUAAUGGCUAUGAACCAUUUCCCGUGAAAACACGCAAAUCCGCAGCACGCCGUUCAGCACGAUCGGCACAAGUAAGUGGUGUUAGUAAACGUAACGCCAUUUAUAAACCGAGCAUACAAGCACCACCUGUGCAACAACUAGCAUUAAAACCACUAUUCUUUGAGGUUCCUUUGCCAGAACCAGAUCCUCCAUUUGUUGGUCGUCAGUGGUUAUUGCGUGAACUUUCAAAUGUAUUAACAGCAACGGAAACACCAGGUGUAUUAAUAAAUGGUAAUCCAGGUACUGGCAAAACGGCUUUGAUAUUACAACUUGUCGAGUACUCAUGCUUUGGCAGACGUAAAGAUACCUUAAGUGCAGAUCCUGAUGGUAUAUACUCUCAAAUCAAUGUAGGACAUGAGCGUAUACGUGCAUUAGCCUCCUAUAUUGUGGGUUAUCAUUUCUGUCAAGCCGAUUCAAGUUCCACGUGUUUAGUACCAGAUUUUGUCCAUUCACUGGCCGCACAAUUAUGUCAAGCACCGCAGUUAGCCGCCUAUAGAGAUUAUUUGCUUAGCGAACAACAUUUACAAGACAUAUUAAAUGUUAAGGAAUGUAUUGCUGAUGCCGAACGUGUUAUGCGUAUGGCCAUAUUAGAGCCAUUGACAAUACUUAAAAAAUCUGGCAAAAUACCAGCAAAAACUUGUGUUAUACUUAUUGAUGGUCUUUGCGAGGCUGAGUAUCAUCGUCCCGAUCAUGGUCAUACCAUAGCCACAUUUCUUGCUAAGAUGACACAACAUUUUCCUUCAUGGUUGAAAGUAGUUGCAACUGUGCGCACACAAAUGUUAGAUUUUGUAAAAGGUUUGUCUUAUACAAAAAUGACUUUGGACAGUUGGGCAUCCAAUGAUCUUUUGCAAAAGGACAUGCUGGACUAUAUAACAUUCCGUGUUAACCACAGCAUUGAAAUACAGAGCAAUAUUGGAACUGUUAAAGACAACAGCACAGGCCAGUUAAAAUUCGUUGGACACUUACAAACCCUAACAAGAGGUUCCAUGCUUUACGCCAAACUUAUACUAGAUCUCAUUGAACGUGGACAGUUGGUGAUCAAAUCCACUAGCUAUAAAGUACUACCAGUAUCGUUAGCGCAGAUAUUUUUAUUACAUUUUAAUUUGCGUUUUCCUACCGCCAGCAGCUUUGAAAAAGUUGCGUCUAUAUUGAAUGUCUGCUUGGCUACCCUAUACCCAUUGACACUUAAUGAAAUAUAUUAUACAAUAUGUGCUAUGAAAACUGAUGAAGUUAUAAGUCUUGAUGAAUUUCUUCAACGCUUUAAAUUACUAGAUGGCUUCCUAAUAAAACGCAUUGACAAUACUUAUAUGUUUUUCCAUUCAUCCUUUCGAGAAUGGCUUAUACGACGCGAUGAAGGCGAGUCUACAAAGUUUUUGUGCGAUUUUCGUUUAGGACAUGCUGCUAUUGCGUUUAGACUUUCACGUCUGCAAGCGCCAUUAGAUCCAGAGCAAACACUAGAGCUUGGACAUCAUAUGCUAAAAGCACAUAUCUAUCGUAAUUGUCAAGGCGGUAUAAUUCCACGAGAUGUGCAGUCAUAUUGGAUGGCUUCAGUAACAGAUAAUAUUUCCGCAGCUCUUGGGUCGCUGCGAAACGUUUAUAGCCCAAAUGUAAAAGUUUCUCGUUUGGUAUUGCUUGCUGGUGCUUCACCUCAUUACCGCACAGAGUUCAUGGGUGAAGCCCCCAUAUUAUGCUUAGCUGCUUAUGAGGGCAUAGUUCCUAUGGUGAGUUUGCUACUAGAAUUUGGUGCAGAUGUUACCUUAACAAACAGUCAAGGUAGCACACCCCUUAUAUUAGCGGCUAUGCGUGGACACUGUGAUGUUGUUCGUCUAUUGGUUGCUGCUGGCAGCAGUCUGGGACAAACAGAUAUAACACAACGUUGUGCUCUGGUGCAUGCAGCACGCACUGGCCGUUUAAAUGUAGUUAAGUAUUUAUUGGCUUGUGAUUGGACACCGCGUCCAAACACAGAUGACAUGAGCUUAAAUGCAGCCAUACAACAAGCACUAAUUGCUGCUGCGGGUAAAGAUCAUGUAACUAUACUAGAAGAUCUAUUAGAAGUAGAUGAUGUUGACAUAAACGAAGUAGAGCAUUCCACAGGUGACUUAGCCAUCACAGCUGCAGCACGCAACGGUUGUAUAGAUGCGCUUGGUAUACUCAUUUCACGAGGUGCCAAAAUUGAUGCCUACAAUAAACAAGGAUUCACAGCACUCUGGUUAGCCGUAAAAGAAGGACACUGGGCAGUGGUGGAAAAAUUAUUACAAAACGGCGCUGAUAUAGACGAAGCGGUGGGUGCUACGAAGAAGACUCCGCUAAUGAUUGCAGCUGAAGAGGGACAUAUUGAAUUGUUGGAACUGUUAACAGAUCGUGGUGCAACAUUAGAGGCACAAGAUCACGAUGGAUUUACCGCUCUCUCUUGGGCUUGUUUACGUGGACGACAGACUGCAGCUAAAUGUUUAAUUGAGAAGGGCUGUGAUAAAAAUCAUGCUGAUAACAAUGGACGUACAGCUUUAGAUUUGGCAGCCUACCAAGGAUCGGCAAAUUUGGUGCAAUAUUUGCUUGAACAAGGAGCCAAUAUUGAACAUGUAGACGUUAAUGGCAUGCGUCCGCUAGAUCGCUCUAUAGCAUGUCGAAACAUACAAGUUGUACAGGUGUUCUUAAGGAAAGGUGCAAAAAUUGGACCAACCACAUGGAGCAUGGCAAUGGGUAAACCAGAGAUAUUGAUAGUACUCCUCAAUAAAUUGCUGGAAGAUGGUAAUGUGUUAUAUCGUAAAAAUCGUUUUAAUGAUUCUGCUUACCGUUAUCAAUAUGCAUUGAGGAAAAUUAAAACUUUGGAAAAUUUAGUAGAGCGUAGCAGCGUUUUUGCACAGUUACGUACAAAUUUAUUGCUAAAUCUUUCACGCUGUAAGCGAAAAUUAAAUGAACUUGAAGAAUCCAUUGAUUUAGCGACGCAGGCGAUAGUGCAAAAACCACAAAGUUACGAAGGCUAUUACGCACGUUGCAAAGCACGCAUGGAGAAUGGUGAAGUCAAUGAAGCAUUGGUUGAUGCUAACGAGGCAAUGCAAAAGGCAGCUCAUAGUGGAGUUGGAUCGGAAGUAAUAGAAGUACUCAAACGUAUACAAACCGAACUGUUAAAUCGUAUAACUAAUGAUGACAGUCAAGCGAAAGCGUUACGCAAAUAUGAAACCAAUGCCGGUGCAGAAAAUAUCUUGAGAGUGACAGAAUCUCAACAUGAGAUCACUGAUUUAUAAUUUUUGCAUUUAAAAAUUAAUGGAGGUCUUUCUUUUUUGUUUCUUAUUUAUAAUAGAUAAAA